AUGCAUCUCUCACUAUGGAAGCCCAUUUCUCACUGUGCUGCACUGAUCAUGGACAAGAAGAGCAGGAGGAAAGAUGAAUCAAAUGUUGAUGUUAAGAGAAACCCAUCAAUGCUUCGGAAGCUGCAAGAAAACAAGCUCAGGGAAGCCCUUGAGGAAGCUUCUGAAGACGGUUCACUCUCCAAAUCUCAAGACAUAGACCAGCCUGACUCUGCUGCCAACCAGGAUGAUGGCCUUGGGAGAUCCCGAUCGCUUGCCAGGCUGCACGCCCAGCGCGAGUUCCUUCGAGCCACUGCGCUUGCGGCGGAGCGCAUCUUCGAGUCGGAGGAGGAAAUUCCUAGCCUCCAGGAAGCAUUUUCCAAGUUCCUUACCAUGUACCCCAAGUACCAGUCCUCGGAGAAGGUUGAUCAGUUGAGGUCUGAUGAAUACUCACAUUUGUCUCCCAAGGUAUGCCUUGAUUACUGUGGUUUUGGACUCUUCUCUUUUGUUCAGACAAUUCAUUAUUGGGAGUCUUCUACGUUUAGCUUGUCUGAGAUAACUGCAAAUUUGAGUAACCAUGCACUUUAUGGUGGUGCCGAGAGAGGAACUGUUGAGCAUGAUAUAAAGACUAGGAUUAUGGACUAUCUGAAUAUCCCUGAGAAUGAGUAUGGGCUUGUUUUUACUGUUAGUAGAGGAUCAGCUUUUAAACUGCUGGCUGAAUCAUACCCUUUCCAUACAAACAAAAAGUUGUUGACCAUGUUCGACCAUGAGAGCCAGUCCGUUGCUUGGAUGGCUCAGAGUGCUAGGGAGAAAGGUGCUAAAGUGCAUAGUGCAUGGUUUAAAUGGCCAACCCUCAAACUCUGUUCUACUGAUUUGAGGAAACAGAUUUCUAACAAGAAGAAGAGGAAGAAGGAUUCAGCUACUGGUCUUUUUGUGUUCCCAGUUCAGUCUAGAGUAACUGGGGCUAAGUAUUCGUACCAGUGGAUGGCCUUGGCCCAGCAAAACAACUGGCAUGUCUUAUUGGAUGCUGGGUCAUUGGGCCCCAAGGACAUGGAUUCGCUUGGCUUGUCCCUAUUUCGGCCAGAUUUUAUAAUCACGUCAUUUUACAGGGUUUUCGGAUAUGAUCCCACAGGUUUUGGCUGUCUUCUGAUAAAGAAAUCGGUGAUGCAAAACCUUCAAAAUCAGUCUGGUUGUACUGGGUCUGGAAUGGUGAAGAUUACCCCCGAGUUUCCAAUGUAUUUGAGUGAUUCUGUAGAUGGUUUGGAUAAAUUUGUUGGAAUUGAAGAUGAUGAAAUCACUGGGUUGGGUGACAAGACUUCUGAAACUCGUCAGGGAACACAGUUGCCUGCCUUUUCUGGGGCAUUCACAUCUGCACAGGUCAGAGAUGUUUUUGAGACUGAAAUGGAUCAAGACAGCUCUGAAAGAGAUGGAACUAGCACCAUAUUUGAGGAGACGGAGAGCAUAUCUGUUGGAGAGGUGAUAAAGAGUCCUGUCUUCAGUGAGGAUGAGUCAUCGGAUAAUUCAUUUUGGAUUGAUUUGGGUCAGAGUCCGUUGGGGUCUGAUGGUGUAGGGCAAUCGAAUAAACAUAAGAUAGCUUCUCCCCUACCACCUUUCUGGUUCAAUGGGAGAAAGAACCAGAAGCAACCUUCACCAAAACCAACAUCCAAGAUGUAUGGCAGCCCAAUUUACGAUGACAGAGAGGUAAACAUAGGUGCACCAGAGGACCGCCAUGUGCUGUCAUUUGAUGCUGCUGUCUUGAUGUCACAGGAGCUAGACCGGGUGAAAGAGGUUCCUGAAGAAGAGUACGUUGAAGAGGUUGAUCAUUACUCGAGAAAUGGUAAUGGGUCAGAUCAUCUUCAUGUCAAUGAGAUCCUGGAAGAACCUGGAACCAGUGAGGCAGUCAAUAAUGGAUCAUGGCUCAAUAAUUCAUCUUCUCUUGCUCGGCAUCAGAGCUUGGAGAAUGGCUCGACCUCUGAAAUAUGUCCUGAUGUCAAAGAGAGUGCCAUAAGAAGGGAAACUGAAGGUGAAUUCAGGUUGUUGGGUAGGAGAGAAGGUAAUCGUUUUGGUGGUGGUAGGUUUUUCGGUUUGGAAGAGAAUGAAGCCAUCAGCAAGGGAAGAAGAGUGUCAUUCAGCAUGGAAGAUAAUCGUAAAGAGUAUCUAAGCCAGACGGUAGAAACAGCAGGGGACAUAUCUGCAACUAGCUUCGAUGAUGAAGAGGUCACAAGUGAUGGAGAAUAUGGUGAUGGACAGGACUGGGGCAGGAGGGAACCAGAGAUAACGUGUCGUCAUAUUGACCAUGUCAAUAUGCUUGGUCUCAAUAAAACUACGCUUAGACUUCGGUUUUUGAUAAAUUGGCUUGUUACCUCGUUACUGCAACUGAAGUUUCCUGCUUCUGAUGGCACUGAAAAAGCAAAUCUUGUCCACAUAUAUGGUCCGAAGAUAAAAUAUGAAAGAGGUGCAGCUGUGGCUUUCAAUGUGAGGGACAAAAGUAGGGGGCUAAUCAAUCCAGAGAUUGUUCAAAAGCUUGCUGAAAAAGAAGGAAUCUCUCUUGGUCUUGGUUUUCUCAGUCACAUACAGAUUCUUGAUAGCUCAAGACAGCAUCGUGGAACUCCGAAUCUUGAAGAUACAACUCUUUGCAGGCCAAUGGAGAAUGGUCGGCGCGAUGGUAAAGGUAGCUUUGUAAGACUUGAAGUUGUCACGGCCUCACUAGGCUUUCUGACGAAUUUUGAUGAUGUAUAUAAAUUGUGGGCUUUUGUGGCUAAGUUUCUCGACCCAACAUUUAUCAGUGAAGGUGGUCUUCCUACUGUUCAAGAAGGCUCUGAGACAUGA